AGGUGCAGCACCUUUCUUUGACAAGAAACAAGUAGCAACACUUUCACAGCUCUUCAACAUGUCUCCCACAGAUUUUGCAUUGCUUAUAGUAAGCGCCGGAUCCUUGUGGUGGUUCAUCCUGCAGUGCCGAACCAUGGUUCGCCAACACGGCCGCAGACAACCACCCGGGCCAAUAGGUCUACCGGUCAUCGGUCACCUCCACAUGCUAGGAAAACUCCCUCACCGCAGCCUCUACAAGUUGUCACAAAAAUACGGUCCCAUAAUGUCGAUCCGCCUCGGAUCUGUUCCCACAAUUAUAGUGUCGUCGCCUUCGGCUGCCGAGCUCUUUCUCAGGACUCACGACACGGUUUUUGCGAGCCGGCCUAAUGCCCAGGCCGCCGAGUACUUAUCUUAUGGCAGCAAAGGAAUGGCAUUCUCGAAAUAUGGUUCGUACUGGCGCAGCGUGAGAAAGUUUUGCACAAUGGAGCUUCUUAGUGUCGCGAAAAUUGAUUCUAUGGCUAGGCUGAGAAGGGAGGAGCUGGGCUUGCUAGUGGAGUCCCUGAAAGUGGCAGCCAGGGCCGGUGAGGUGGUGGAUUUUAGCGAGAAGGUCGCGCGUCUGAUAGAAGACAUGACUUGUCGGAUGUUGUUUGGGAAGAGCAGAGAUGAUCGGUUUGAUUUGAGUAAGAUCAUACAUGAGCUGGCAGAGAUUGCUGGAGCCUUCAAUGUUGCAGAUUAUGUCCCAUUUUUAGGGGCAUUUGAUCUCCAGGGAUUAACUCGACGCUCCAGAGUGACUGCUAAGGCAUUUGAUAAAAUCCUGGAAACGAUCAUCGAUGAUCAUGAAGAAAAAGCUAGAAAUGACGAUACAAAGCUUGAUAGGGAUUUUGUUGAUGUCAUGCUAGCUUUGAAGAACAAUCCUACAAGUACUCACCAGCAAUUAGCGGAGACCAUUGACCGAUCGAUCACCAAAGCAAUUAUCCUGGACAUGAUUUUCGGAGCCAUUGAUACCUCCCAAACUGCGAUUGAAUGGAUCAUGUCAGAACUCAUCCGACAUCCAAGCGUGAUGAAACGACUUCAAGAAGAAAUUAAUAUCAUAGUAAAUUGCGAAGUUGUGGAAGAAUCACAUCUGGAUAAACUUGAGUACCUAGACAUGGUGGUCAAGGAAGCCUUGAGACUCCAUCCGGUGGCACCACUGUUAGUUCCUCAUGAGUCAAUGGAGGACAUUGUGAUAGAUGGAUAUUACAUAGAGAAGAAUUCGCGUCUAAUUAUUAACAAUUGGGGCAUAGGACGAGAUCCUGGGAUUUGGUCGGAAAAUGUUGAAGAAUUCCUUCCUGAGAGAUUUGCGGGUACUGACAUAGAUCUCCGGGGGGAAAGUUUUCAACUUAUACCGUUUGGUUCAGGCCGGAGAGGUUGUCCGGGCAUGCACUUGGGCUUAAUAAACAUCAAAUUGGUGGUUGCUCAGUUGGUACACAGCUUUGAUUGGGAGCUACCUUUCGGCAUUUCACCGGACGAGUUAAAUAUGGAUGAAGCAUUCGGUUUGUCAUUGCCAAGGGCAGAGCAUCUCCUGGCCAUACCCAAAUUUAGGAAAAGUUGAAUGUGGAAUUCCACAUUCAUGGUGGUAUGUGAUUGUCCUGCGUAACUUUAAGCAAUAUUAGUAGCUACCCUUUCCUCAGAAGUUGUUGUAAUAAAUUGUUAUGCGUGAAAUGCAGUGUGUAAUCAACUUCAUACAUGACUGGUAUUGCCUUAUAUCCCGUACAAAAUUGACAAAAACAUGACAAUUAAAGAUUUCGUAA